UUAAAAACACAUGGGUAAUUGAAUUUUCGUAUUAUACGUUGUUUGUGAAAUUGUUUAAAGAAAAUGACGAUGGAAGUUGAUGAAAGUAUUCCGGAGAAUGAUAAAAAACACAAAAUUAUUGAUGAUGAAGUCGACAUAUCAAAUAAAAAGGCAAAACUGUUUUCGGCGAGAGAAUUUAGAAAAGAGUUAACGCAAGGAGACAAAUUGGUUUGCAUUACCAAGUUUUUAAAUUGCGUGAAAGAAAAUAAUAAACAUGAUAUUAUAUUUGAAUACCUAGAAUGUGGUGGAAACUGUCUAGAAUUACUGCAACAGCUAGAAUUGGAAUCUUCAUUGAAUCCUUGCCUUGUUUUUGAAUUAGUAACUCAUAUUUUACUGCAAAUCAAUGCCAAAUACGCGCAUUAUCAAAAUUCUGCCAACGAUGCAUGCAGAUACAUAUUAAGCACAUAUGUAACAUUGAUCAACAAAAUGAUAAAUCUAAGUUCUUCAACGGUUGAAAGAAGAACUGCCUUAAAAUUAUUGACUGUGAUUGCAACAAUGUCACUGAAUUUAGCACAGGAAGUUUUGGUGAAAGUAAAUUUUAAUCAAACUAAUCUGGAAUUGUUAACAAAGCACACUGGGCAAAAAGACAGCGUUCGAGAUGUCUUCAUACACUUCCUUACAGGGUUUUUGGUUGGUGGCCACUAUCCUAACCUCAUUUUAUUGUUAAGAAAAAGAGGGCUGUUGACAAGUAUCAUAAGAGAUUUGCAGUUUGAUAAUUGCGAGACUGUGUGUUUGGUUAUAACAGUAAUGAAAAGUCAUAUUUUGGAAAAUCCUAAUGUAUCAAAAACUGAUAAAAUGAAGACGUUUAGCACACCAGUAGUUAGAGAUAUUGUAAAUUUGUACAACUGGAAGGGGCCAGCAAGUUUUAAAGCACAAAGGAAGGAUAAUAAAUUUAAGGUUGAGGUGGAUGAAUUUGAAAAAUCCAAAGUUAGCGAAUGCGUUCACGAUUUUUUAAUUAUUUUGUGUACUUCCCAUAAAUAUGGUGUCGUUUUUAAAGAUCAUUCCAUGGGUCUGGGACAAAAACACCAAAAUAGUUUAAUGUAUACUGUUCUUGAAAGCUUGGACAGGCCUUGGGAACAUUCUUAUGCAGGACAACUGGUAACAAAAAUAUGCUUAGCCAGUCCAGACUUAUCAAAAACCAUGUGGGCAAAUUUGAAAGCCUUUCUGGAGCUGAGAGCAACAAAAAAAUGGCUGAAUGCUAUAAAUUUUGCAAAAACAUUGCUUUUGGAGUUAACUCCUAGCUCUAUAGAUUUUUGCGCCUCUGAGUUUACAGUGCCACAGCUAACACAAAUAAUUUCGUUCCUAAUUCUACCAUUACCAAUUUUAAAGACAAUAAUACCUGAAGGCUUUAUUUUUGAAAAUAGCGUCAUAAAACAACAUGUAGUAUCAUUGCUGUUGGAAUUUUUAAAAAGAGCGCAAGAUUAUUUAAACCACAGCGAAACUUGGCUAAAUCGUAAAGACGACCAACAAAAAUUAAAACAAUUUUUUAAUAAUUACAUUAGUAAACACUUCCCAGACUCAAUUUUAAUUUUAAAUAAUUGGGAAUCUGUAGAUGAGUCCGAAGAAAUUGAGGGUUUAACAAAUAUAGAGUACCUAGGUAACAUUUUCGAUAUCUUAGGUAUUUAUAAGAAUAUAUCGCCCAAUCUGUUAGAAUCACUGAACACAGGCAACUUUGACAUUAAAAACUUUAUAGUCAAUCUGGAAAAUUUGGAUACUGAUGUGGAAAAUAUACAAGUAAAGUGCCUAAACUUAUUUGUAGACUUUGAUAAAUCAAAAUUUUCUCCAAAAUCAGAACUCUUUACAUUCACCACCCCUCUACUCUUAAAAUUUUACCAUGCAAACCACAAUGAAGAAACGUUAAAUGUUCUGAACAAAAUUUUAAAAUUAACAAGCAUAUUUGACGGGUGCGAAUAUGAAGUUAACUUGUGGAUAAAUGGGAUUUUAGACUUGAAAAAAUUCGACGAAAACAUCGCUAACAUGUUGGUGGAAGUUCUCAAAAACGUAAACGAAAAUUUAACAAAAUAUUUAAAAGAGUUAAAAGCAGUACAAGGCGAGGAAAAAGAUGACGAUAACAUGGAAGAAAUAAUUGAACAUUUAAAACAGGAAAAUGUUACUUUAAUUGAAAACAAUUGCAUCAGACACAAACAUUUGAGUCCGAUGGUUAUGGGGUUUUUAAAACAUCUUGAAUGUUGUGAUGACACGAAAAACUUAAAGGUAUACACACAAUUUGUUUUGAUAAAUUUAUUCCAUUCGCAAACAUUGUUUGACAGUUUUACUAAUAUUGCAGGAAAAUAUAAUAUGCCAAAUAAUAUCGCCGAAUAUAUAAAUAACUCAGGCGUAAAUAUUUUUGAUAAAACUAAAGGUAGAAUUACGCUUUUAUCAGAUUUUGGCCAGUCUUUCUUAACAGGAGAUUGCAGUGAAUUUUUAAAGGGCAAUGAUUUAACUAUUUAUCCAGAUCUUACAAUCAAUAUACUUCAACUGGCAAUUUUUUACAUUCACAAUUCGUCAAGUAACGGUAGCCUGUCUGAAAGACACAUUAAGAACUUUGAGGCAUUUUUACAAUAUAUUAUCGAUCAAAAUAAGAUAAACGAAGAACAUAUUUCUAUUACAUUGGGAAACCCAAAUCUUUACAGACAAUUUUCUCUAUCAAACACAAACAAAAGUUUGUGUUCCCAAUUCCUAUUAAAAUCCAUUGAACUAUUGAUUAAAUCGAACAUAAACAUCGAAAAAUAUUUAAAAAUAUACAGAAAAAAACUGGUUAGGAUUCUCAAAAAGCCGCAAAAAUGCCAAGUCGACAAUUUUAAAGAAAUUAUAAACACAUUUAAUUUAGAUGCGUUGCAAUGUCACGAGGUGAUGGACAAAAUUUUCGCUAAAGAUAAUUUUAAUGACAAUUUGUUGUUGUUAGAUAUUGCUGCAUACUGUAUAGAGAGAUUAGUGUUUUUGUAUAACAACAAUGAAUGUGUUGAACCUUAUCAUGAUGUAGUCAUAAAAAAUGUUUGUUUGUAUUUUAUUUAUUUAUGUAAAGAACAAAUAGAUGCCAGUAAAAUAUCUGUAGCUCUUAAAAUGUAUUUAGAGGCCUUCCCUUUUAAUUUAAAACACAUUUGGAAUAAUUUAUUCGAAAGUAUACUCAAAAUAAGCGAGUAUAAUAAAGAUAACAUAAAUUUGUUGUCCUACUUACUAGAAAACAACAUCAAAUAUAUUGAAACGAUAAAAGAAAAUAUUGAUAUAGUUUGCGACAAAAAGUUUUUGCUGUUGCCUUUAUUAAAAACGAUAUCAGAAAAUGUCGACCAAGACUUCCUUAAGGAUAUUUACACGAAAUUCGAUGGCAGUUUAAAUAAAGCUUUAAGCAAGCCCCAAAAAGCUGGUCAGCAUUUUAUUAACAACGCGGAGGGUUUAUACAGCAUGUAUAAAAUUUGUAUGACCCAAGAAAAAUGUUGCAAAUACUUUGAGAAAGUUCAAAAGUUUGAUGUUUCCGAAUUUUUCCUUGCCAGUGUAUUGCAAGCUAUAAGUGAAAAUGUUUUAAAUGGUGAAGUAACUGAAAAACAAGUAAAUAAUAUUAUUUUGAGUUAUGUCCACCUACACGUUACUUUGUUUAAGAGAAAAAAGAGCGAUGAAGAUAUGGAGAAAUUGGAAAAAAUAUCCAAUAGUUUCCUAAUUAUUUUAGAGAAUAUUAUGGAGAAAACUUUAGAGUUCGAUUUUAGUUCUAUUUCAAGUAAUGAGACGUUUAAAUUAUUUGCCAAAUUUUGCCUUAAGUUUGGAAUAUCAGGUCAAAGUAAUCUACUGAUAAUCUUAAGAAAUAUAAUUAAAAUUUUGGGCACUAAAAUUGACCAAAAUGAUGCUAAAAUGUUGUUUGAUUUAAUGUUAUCUCACUCUGAAUUUUUGGACGUAUUAUUAGGCGAAAAUGUUCAAUGCAAAAAAGGUAUUUUGUCUUUAUUUUUAUUAUUGUGUAACAACUGGAAGGAAUUUAUGGAAAAAGACCACAUACCGGUUCUUUUAAGUGCUUACAAGGCAACAGUUGGAUGCUGCGACAAAAUAAUACUCACCCUAUUACAGAAGUACGAGUUAAAUGCGGAAACUACCCAAUUCUACGAUUACAAACCAUUCCUGUGGGACAAAGCUGCUGUUACUCACUACUCAGUGAGAUCGUCAAUGGAAAACAAACUGUCCAGGCAGCCGAAAAUGGGGGACAUCCUGGACAUUCUGCAAGAACAAAUAAUCCAGAACACCAUCAAAACAUUCCCGCAAGAUUGUCCUUUACAAAAGAAUAUUUUGGAAGAACAUCGGGUCGAUUUUAACGAAGAAUCGAACGCGAACGGUGAAAGUUGUUACGAUAUGUCGUUUUUGUUGCCGGUUUUCAGUCAGCUUUUGGCGCCGGAAAAUCAAGUGCAAACCUACAAGUUUACCAGAUCUGGGGCUCUUGGACUUACGGUGGCCGCUUUGAGUUCGCAUGACGAGGAAAUCCGCAAGGCAGCUUGUCAUGUUCUCUCCAGAUUUUAUAUUCAUAUGGAGGCACGACAGUCAGGAAAAGACAAUUUGUUGUGGAUCAGAUACAUAGAAGCAGUUUGCAAAGGUGCUGCUCUGUUGGAUGGUUUCCAAUUAAACAGUUUUGCAGCUAUUUUCCUAGCGAGAAUGUCAUUUGUUUUGACCCAACCCAACCACGUGAUGUAUCUACCAAUGUCGCAAUAUUUAACAGCCAAACCUAACCUGGAUUUCAGCACCGUACCUGAGUUAUAUACUUAUUUGCACAGUUGCGAUAUAAACUUUGCAGAGCACCGAAAAUUCAUUUUGGAGUUAUUGAGAGACGGUUUACGAACCGAAAAAGAUUUUACAGGGUUUUCAAAGUCCAUGGCGUUUAAAUUAUUCUCAGAGUUGUAUACUAGCAGCUUGUCCAAUGAAGAUACCAAGCUCUUAAUAUUAGAUGUUAUUGUAAGGGCUUGUAGAAUACCAUUGGGUGUUAAAAUUUUGUGCGAGAAUCAUUCAUUACUUAGCCAACUUAAUUUUAUGCUUCAAAGUAAGGGGAAUAAAGAGUUUAAUAAAAAGUUUUUGGAAAUUUUGGAACUUAUAGCAGGUACUUUAUUAGAUCAACAUUCUAAUACGUUAAUUUUUAAUAUGCUUUUAAAACUUCUGGAUGGUAACCAAAAUACAAAAUUAUAUGAUAUUUUAACAAUUAUAUACAAUAGAUUCCCAGCUUUAUAUGAUGAUAAUUUCUUUGAAAAACUCAUUAUUUUGUCAAACGAUAAGUUUUGUAAAUACAUUAUAAAAUAUGGAUGCGAUUUUAUCAAUGAAAAAACCGUCGGAAAUAUUUCUGACAAUUUACAUAGCUUAAGACUUUUGAUACUUACGAAAUAUAAAUCUUGUUAACUAAAAAUCGUUUAUUUAAUUAAAUAAAAUACCCUUCUACACAAAGUACAAAAUUUAUUCAUCACAGACUAUAAACCACAAAUAACAAAAAUUAAUAUUAAUCCAAGGUAGUAUGUAAAUACAGGCGUGUUGUGAAAUGCGAAAUUGCACAAUGGUGUUUUGCAAACUUUACAGCUUAUCCCUUUUUCUGUAGAUUUUCCAUCCUCACUUUUCUUCUCGGGCAUUUUUUGCUCGCACGUUGUAUUUCCCAAAUAAGUGCAACCCCUUUCAACGGCUAUUACAGUGACGUCCGGCAUUUUUG